AUGAUCUCACGGAGCUGGUCGGAUGCAGAAGUGUUAUAUCAGAACUCUGACGACGUUACUGGAAAGGGAAAAGCGAAAGGGAAUCACCCAGAAGACCAGUUUUUACAACUUCUAGAAUCUGGAGAACCUAUACAUGGUGUUAAAAGCUUGAUGAAGCGUGCGCUGUUGAUGAAGGGCUCCAGAGAUAUGUCCGCUCAGCUCUUUACCAGCUGUCUCAGAGCUCUAGAUAUCCCCGCAAGAUUAGUCUUCAGUCUUCAACCAGUUACUUGGCGAGGUGCCGGCGCUGGAGGCAAGUCUGCAAAUCCCGCGGCUACCACCCAGGAAGAAACUGUCACUGGCGGAUCCAAGUCAGAAAAUAGGAUCAAUUCCGGAGUAAAUCCUACUAAACCGAAAUCAAGGACAGCACAAAACGCGAAAAGCAAGUCAAAACGAGGUGAAUAUGCCACCAAGGCCGAAAAAGCUGCCAAAGCCAUCAAAGCUAAAUCUGUCCGGAUUGAUAAUCAAACCCAAAGUCUCCGUGGAACCGAUGAGGGAGAAGAUGAAGAAGGGGACCUCAACUCACAAGUCGAAACUGUGCCAGUAGCGAGCUCGUCAAGACAUUCACCAGUCAUCAAGUUGCGCAAGUCCAGACCACCCACCAAAUCGAGGAAUUGGGCCAAGAGUCCGAGUCCCGAACCGCAAGAGAUGAAUCGAACGCCAGUCUUCUGGACCGAAGUUUACUCUAGGCCGAUGAAAGAAUGGUAUUGCGUCGACGUGACAAGAAAGAAGAUGCGCUGUAAGAAUAUUAUGGAGCCCAGUAGGAAUAAUCCUGAGAACAAGAUGAUUUAUGUCAUCGCAUAUGAAGAGGAUAAUUUCAUCAGGGAUGUCACGGCUAGAUAUGCCCAUUCAUUCGGCGCAACCACAAUGAAGGCAAGAUUACCUUCCAAAAAGAAUGAGGAAGAUUGGUUUGAACGCGCCGCUGCGAUACUCAAACGUCCUUAUAAAUUGGGUCGGGAUAUCAAAGAAGAUACUGAAAUAGAAAAGGCGCGGGUUACUGAGGCAAUGCCAACAACUGUAACUGGCUUCAAGAACCACCCAAAGUACGCCCUGGAGCGCCAUCUGAGGCGAGAAGAAGUGAUCUACCCCAAGAGGCCUAUUGGUACUUUUCGGGGAGAUAGCGUGUAUCCUCGUUCCUCCGUCAUCGUCUGUAAGAGCACUGAGACUUACAUGCGAGAGGGGAAAAGAGUCAAGGGAGGGGAAAAUCCGUUGAAGAUGGUCAAGCCUCGAGCGGUGACGAUCAACCGUAAACGAGAGACAGAGCUUCUCAAAAUGGACGGCCAGCCCGUCCCGUUACAAGGCUUGUUUGCAGAAUGGCAAACAGAGCUAUUGAUUCCACCUCCUAUUGUUGAUGGCGUAAUCCCGCGUAACGGGUAUGGCAACUUCGAUCUUUUUGCUCCUCACAUGCUACCCCAGGGGGCAAAACAUUUACCUUAUAAAGGGAUUGCUAAAACAGCCAAAAAGCUUAAGGUUUCGUACGCCGAUGCUGUGGUAUCGUUCGAAUUCCAUAGAAGUCGUGCUAUGCCUUUGAUCGAUGGUAUAAUUGUUCCUGAGUUGGAUGCAGAAUUUGUUUUGGAUGCUUACUGGACUUCUGAAGAAGCGCAGGAAGUCAAAGAGUUUGAAAAAUUGGAAGAAAGGUGCUUGAAAAGGUGGAAAAAAUUGAUCAUCGGCCUUCGUAUACGGCAGCGACUUCAACGGGAGUAUGGGCCUCAAGCCACGCAAAUUUCGGAUUCGCAACAGCUUACUAAAGAGCCCAGUAAUUCGAGGAAGACGAAUUCUCAGCAGACAUCCACUUCCGCCAAUCAGCCCUCUAUCGUGGCUUUGACCCCAGAUUCAAAAUUGCCGUUCGAGUUAUACACUGACCAUCAAAUGAACCCCAUGAUAGUCCCGCAAGCGGAUCAUGAUGGCGAUCACAUCCCGAGCAAAGACCUCAGGCAUUCAGAACCGGCAGAUUUGGAAGAGCCGACGGUAGCGGAUGUAUUUUGUCCGCGAUCAGGCAAAGCCGUAGAAUCAGAGACUCUCCCAUGCUCACCAAGCUUGACCAAAGAGUGUGAAGAUUCGCCGGAGAUUGAUACCCCUCGGAAGACCCGACAAUCAACAAGGGUUUCAAGAACAGCUCAACCAAUCAAACUCGCGAAUAGUUCUAAGGGUAUCAAACGGAAAAGCGCAUCUGAGCAUGCGCUGGGCCUGACAAAACAAACACCCUCGAAGACCGGAUCGCGGAGUCGCCAGACUCGACGGAACGGCAGUAUCCACUCGAUCGAUCAGGAUCCAUAUGAUUCCAGUCCCUUGACUUCACCACCUUCGGCGAGUGAACACUCUGAUUAUAGCGCGAUCUUGAGUCCGCCCAAACGGGCGAAAGUCAACCAAAAGUCCCCGAAGGAACUGUCGGUGAUCCCGCGGGAAUCUUCGCCCGAAGACACCCCAGACAAGAACCCUAGAGCCUCUACAAGGCCAACCAGACGUGCGGCCGUCAAGGCUAACGAAAACAUCAGCUUGACUUCCGCUGCUCAAGGUUCCAAAAGAAUCCUCCGAAGUCGCAAAUAAUCUGUAGCUACACUCCUCGUCUUUCCAAACGUUGUACUACUGUUGUUACUGUUGCUUGGGCUGCGAACUCUUACAUUCAUGUCGUGGUUUAUUUAAUGUUUCUUCGAGUUGGGGCUCCCGGAUCCUGAGAUUCUUCAUUGGCUGAGUGAUUCUAAUUAAACUUUGACUUACGCCCGGACGAGUCCACAGUGUAUAUUUGUAGAUCGCCAAGCAGAAAGCAGAAAAUUGAUCAGAGAUGUAAUGUCACUCAUUGAGCUACUGUCUCUCACAAUUGUUACUCAACAUCGAAGAAAAAA